AUGGAGUUGCCGGUGAUAGAUCUAGCGCCUUAUUUGGAGGUUGCCGCCGAAGGUGACUCGUUGCCGAAGCGAGCGAGUGGACUCACCGAGUUGUGCCGCGAGGUGAGUCGAAUCCUUAAGGAAACGGGGGCUUUACUCGUUAAAGAUCCGCGGUGUACGGUGGAAGAUAACGAUAGGUUCAUUGAUAUGAUGGAGAAGUACUUCGAGAAGCCGGACGAGUUCAAGCGCCUGCAGGAGCGUCCCUCUUUACAUUAUCAGGUAGGAGUAACACCAGAAGGAGUGGAAGUUCCAAGAAGCCUGGUUGAUGAAGAAAUGCAAGCAAAGUUGAGGGCAAUGCCCAAAGAAAACCAACCAUUAACUCCCAAAGGCCCUGAUCCCAAGUGGCGAUACAUGUGGAGAGUGGGCCCUCGCCCUUCAAAGACCCGCUUUCAGGAGCUUAAUUCAGAACCCGUCAUACCUGAAGGUUUCCCUGAAUGGAAAGAGACUAUGGACUCAUGGGGGUACAAAAUGAUAUCAGCGAUAGAGGCUGUUGCUGAAAUGGCGGCAAUAGGGUUUGGGUUGCCAAAAGAUGCAUUUACUUCCCUUAUGAAGCAGGGGCCGCAUCUUCUAGCUCCAACAGGGAGUGACCUCAGAAGUUAUGGGCAGGAGGGCACUGUUUUCGCUGGCUACCACUAUGACCUUAACUUUCUAACUAUCCAUGGCAGAAGCAGAUUCCCUGGUCUAAAUAUCUGGUUAAGGAAUGGGCAAAAGAUCGAGGUGAAGGUUCCGGUAGGAUGUCUUCUAAUUCAAACCGGGAAGCAGAUAGAAUGGUUGACUGCUGGCGAGUGCACUGGCGGCAUGCAUGAAGUUGUCGUCACAAAGAGGACAAUCGAGGCUAUAAAGUUAGCAACGGAGCAAAAUCGUAGCCUAUGGAGAGUAUCCUCAACAUUGUUCGCACACAUAGCUUCGGAUGCCGUUUUACAGCCACUCGGACACUUUUCGAAAACACCCCUUGCUAGCAAAUAUCCACCGAUAUGCGCCGGAGAAUUUGUCGAACUAGAGCUUGCAGUAAUUAACCUUAAAGGAAACAAAGGAGAAUCAUGAAAAAAACUGGUUUCUGUUACAU